AGUUUGGAAACGCUGAUUAUAUCAACUCUUCGAAUUUACAAAAGGAAACAAUUUAAAGAAGUAGAAAUAAUUAAACUCUAAAAUGUUUUGUUCAAUUGUAAGGCAGUUCGGUUACACUGAGGGAGAGAGUGAGUGAGCUGCUAAAUCUGGAUUCUUUCUCCCUCUCUGGCGGUGAAUUGAUGAUUGCAGUAGAAGAUAACAGAGGAAUGACCUAGUUAAUUCGAGUGACCGAGUAAAAAAGAAAAUAAAUAAAAAAAAGAGCCCACUCAUCAGCUUCGGCUUUCCUCUGAGUAAAAGUAAUGGCGGGGGUGACAACUUCUGUCUUAAGGAGUUAGCUUCAUAAAGUGACACAAGCUGGUACAUACGUCGAAAUCGUACUGCACACACAUACAUACAGGAACAUGAAUUUUAAGAGUGCGAUUAGGUGUGUGCAUAGAGAUAUGGCCACGCUGUGUGCAAAUAUAUCGCUGUCAUUAAGUUUUAGAUAGAUGUUAAACAAAUCAAAAUAGAAUUGUGUUGUACAGAUGCAUUUAUCUUGGUUUUAUAUGGUUGCAAUAUAAACUGAGGAAAAUAUUUAUAGAUAUAGGAAAAAUGGACAAUAUACUCUUUUAUAUCUGACCAUAGGUGAAGCGAUUGAUUUUAACUUGUAAAAUAGUCCCUUUCACUUUCUCUGUUUUAACUCUGUCUCUCUCUCUCUCUCUCAAGUUAUUGUUAUAAACAUUUCUAUCUAGAAACACAUACUUAAGCACACGCGCUUUUACGUAUAUGCGCGUGCAUGCUACUCAUCCUUUCCAUACCUCGGGAUUUUCCCCUUUUGCAUCAAUAUUUUGAGGUGUGUAAUUAAAGAAAUUGAUCAUGGCUGCGUUAGAUACGGACUCCUUUAGCAGGCAAACUUCGCUUCGAAGAUCAAGAAGAAAACCGAACACGCCAUAUGCAAGUAAGUGUCAUUUCUAAACGCAUACAGUAUCAAUUUUUAAAAGAUAUUCGGCAGCAGUUAAAUGACCAGUUAAAAUGUUUGGAGUAUAGACUGGACACUGAAGUGGCCAUUGUCCUUGAAAUGGAGGAUUUUUUUAAGAAGAUCUCAGAAAUAGAAAGUGAAUAUGGAAAAAAUUUGGAGAGACUAGUCAGACAAAUCAAUACAAAACAUAAAACUGAAAAACAGAAACGAGAACAUUGGCCAUUUUUCUCAAUGUACACCUGCUGGCAAAAUCUACUCAACAUUACAAAAAAACAGGGUCAUGACCAUAACACACUCAGUGAAAUUUGUAACAACCAAAUGGUAUCCCGUCUCCAAGAUAUUGUUGAAAAUUCCCAACGUAUCUUCAAAAAAUGUCGAGAAGUUGGAAUUGAAAGUCAUGAAGAUAUUUUGAAAGUUCUUCAUGAAUUGCAAAAUGCAAUGAAGACUUAUCAUGCAUAUCAAGCUGAAGCUAAGAAUGCUGAAGCUAAAUUGCAAGAUGUCCAAGCACAAAAGAAGAAACUUGAACAACAACUCCAAGGUAAAACUGGAACCACAAGAAGUUUAAAAAGAUUUGAACAUAGGGAAGAAAAGCGGAAACACAAAUACAAUGAGAACAAAUUAAAGGCUUUGAAAGCACGAAAUGAUUAUCUUUUAUGUAUAGAGUCUGCUAAUGCUGCCAUCAAUAAAUAUUACUCUGAUGAUAUCACAGACCUUAUGGAUUGUAUGAAUUUUGGUUACCAUAGUUGUGUUGCUCGAACUAUGAAAAUGUAUCUUUCAUCCCACGAACAGUUACGUAACUCUCACCAGAGAGCUAUUGACCGACUGAAUCAAUGCAUCCAAGGUCUUGAUGCUCGGGCAGACAAACAAAAGUUCCUUGAGUUACACAAUGCUAUGUUCAUGUUACCAAAAAAGUUUGAGUAUCAACCAUAUAAAGGAGAUGAGGCACGCUCUAUCAAUGCAGUUGUGGAUGAAAUGACCCAUCGCUGUGAAACCUUAAAAGCACGAUUAGAAGGUGUACACUUAGAAAAUGAUGAAUUGUGGAAAACACUUGAGACUGCCGAAAACUCCCUUAUGAAAAUGAUCUCUGUGAACGAUCACGAUGUGACACUCCUCUUCUUAACUGAUAACCCUCCUCCACCAAAGUCUCCCCAUGAGGCUGCAAAACACAAAGCAGAUCGCUUGGAGACGGAGUCUUAUUAUCUUUCUAAAUUUAAGGAAUACACACUUAGCUGUAAUCGUCUUGCUCGGUUGCAAUCAAAACACAACGCUAUACAGAAAGCUGCUGGUGAAGGCAUAAACAAUUCAGGAACCAUAAUGCGACCUUUAUCUUUCCGAGCAAAACCUAGGAAGCGUCGUAUUGGCCGUACACCACCUGUAGGGCAGCCAAAAUUGUUUGGAGGCAGUCUUGAAGAAUAUAUUGAUAAUACAGGAGAAGAAAUUCCUCUGAUUAUUCGUAGUUGCAUACGUGUUAUAAAUCUUCACGGCAUUCAUCAUCAGGGUAUAUUCAGAGUAUCUGGCUCUCAAGUUGAAAUCAACGAAUUUAAAAGUAGUUUUGAAAAAGGUGAAGAUCCCCUGAUAGAUAUGGUGGAUGCUAGUGACAUUAACUCUGUGGCUGGUGUGCUCAAACUGUAUUUUAGAGAACUACGGGAACCUCUUUUUCCAUUGCAUUUAUUUGAUGAACUGAUCAAUUGUACAAGAGUAGAAGAUCCUAAUGUACGUAUUGAAAAGAUUAAGGAAUUAAUAACCACCCUACCCCGAUCCAUCUUUAUUGUAAUGAGAUAUCUCUUUGCUUUCUUAAAUCAUCUGUCAGAAUACAGUGAUGAAAAUAUGAUGGAUCCUUACAACCUUGCCAUCUGCUUUGGACCAACCCUUCUUCCUAUCCCACCUGACAGGGACCAAGUUAGUUAUCAAAGCAAUGUGAAUGAUCUCAUCAAAACUAUUAUCAUCAAUCAGGAAGAAAUCUUUCUCAAUGAUGGAGGGGAGGUUUAUGAAAAAUGGAUCCUGGAUAAUCAGGAUAACAUUGAUGGCAAUGAAGAAGAUGAAGUAGGUUCCUUGCCAAGUGAUGAAGAAGCCUCCUUCUGUGGUAAGCCUGAAUCCCUCGGAAACAUCUUUAUAAUUCCCUCUUUCCCAGCAUGUGUCUACAUUUGUUCUCCUCAAUACAGCUUAAUGCCACCCACCAGCCUUUUGGUGUUCAUUGUUUUAUAUUUCUAUGUUCUAGGCAACUGAAAAGCUUCAUUGCUC